CAAGCUCACAAUUUCCCAAGGGCCGGACACUGGCCCCUGAUGGAUGGUAUCCCGGAUAUGCCGCCGAGCAUGCCUUCUUCACCAGCGAUCGUUCUGAAGUUGGCACGAAUUGGUGGUAAUCAAAUUGCUACAUUGACACAUGUCAAUGGUGUGCAUGGACAUUCGCAACUAUCAAGAGACUUACCACUUAGUCUCAUUUGUGAGGGUGGCGAAUUGGACUUUUAUAACCCAUUUUUCUCGUACAAGAAACUUAUGCUUGAUGCUCAACAAUUGAUGAAACAUGAAACCCCUCAACUUACAUUUUCAAGUUUAUCCACACCAAAAUCUAUUGGUUUAGGACUUGCACAUUCUACAUCACCUGACGUUGGGAUGACAUUAUGGAGUGAAGAAGAUUUUAUGACACAAAUGGCGGGUCCAUGGAAGGAUAGAUUGGCUGCUAUCAAUUUGCAUCGGGCCCUGAAAGUUUUGGUUGAUUUCUCUGAGCAUCAGAAGCUCAAGAUUUGGAGGUGUUGGCUAGGUAUAGACACUUUUGAGCAAGACGGUAAACUCGAGCGGCCUGAUCCUCAAGACGUUUGGCAGGUCAUUGAGAACCAUCUCGAGGAAGUACUUCAGCUUUUCAUUUAUCAGAAUUCUAGAUAUCGAUUUCUACACUUGAUCAGUCUAUGGCACCACCAAUCCUAUGCACACCCGAAAACAACAUCUAACAACGACCAAGCAAUGACCGUGUGUUUAGCCCCUACCACUUGUUCUCGUACGCACAAUCGUCGUACAGGCGACAAAACCCAGACGGAAGCCAACCUUGCAGCCACCGGCUCGAAAGGAGGCCGAAGGGAAUACCAAGAAGCUAAAUUAAUUGAAGCGAUUGUACUUCAUUCGUUAUCAAGGUUUAGUUUUUGGAAUGAUGUUUCGAAUUUGAUAAAUACGUUUCAUUGGAAAUUAAAUGAAGAAAUCGAUUCAAGAGCACCAGUAGCAAAAGAAAUUAGAACUGCAUUGAAUCGAUUAGUUAAAUCCAAUUUAAAAAAAUGGCAUAAACAAGGAAGAUGAAGACUUGAAUUGAUGAGAAGACCCUUUAUGCUUAGUUUUGUUUUAUAUUCUUUGGAUUCCGAGUUGAGAUUUUUUUGGAUACCUCUUUUUUAAUAUUAAUCACCAGGACUUCGAUCUUCAAUUGUUACUAUAUUCAUAUCCAUAGACAGAAGUUAUUACUCGACACUUUAAUUUAAUUAUCUCACCCUAAUGGGCACUCAUUUUGAUGGCAGAGAGAUUAUGUGAUGUUUUCCUUUGACUCGUAUAUCCAUACUUUUUUUUAUCAACAUACGAAUUCGGUUAGAUGGUUGACUUCUUAAAGCACUUCUUUAGAUUCGAAAAUGGUUUCUUUUCCUUAUCUUCUUCCUUUCACACAAAGUUUUAUAUUUCAUCGUUUAUAAACUUAUUUAAAAUCAUCACUUGACACAUUCACUUACAUUCACAAACCAACUUACAAUCACCAACUACUUUCCAUUGUAUACCUUCUCUAUCGUUUGCUCUUGACUUGACGUGUUACAAAUCCUUUCUUCUUUUUGUUAUUUGUAACCUAUAUACCCGCAAUCAUGCAAUGUGAAACUAUUUGUUACUUUGUUGAAAGGAUUAUGUAGAUGGUUUUUAUCUUUGUCUUUUCAUUUUAUUAUAUCAAUCAUCUUUUUCUUUUUGGUUUUCAUUUCUUCCAAUCCACCUUUUUUCUCUCUCUCUCUAUUAGAAUCAUCUGCCUUUUUUUAGAAAACUUUUUUGUAUUUGUUUUCUUUCUUUUCAAAUUGUAUGAUCAUUUUUUUUUUCUUCGAUUUCAUUUUGAUAAAUAAUUUUUGAAUUAAUAAAAACCAUUAUGCGCUUUUUGCACUAUUUUU